AGGAGAGCAAACACGGCACGCGCUUCCCGCCAAAACUCCCUGAGCACGAGCCGAUCGUUAACGGCCACCAGAAAAAUUUUGAGGAGGGAGGGGUAGCUGAGCCCUGCGGCGCGUGCCCCCCUCGCUCCGCCUAUUCCCCGCGCUGCAGGGAAUGCGCAUGCUCGGAAGCGGGGAUCCGCUUCUUCUUCCCUCUUUUUCCACCACCGCAUUUAAGGGGGGUGUGAGGUGAUGAGGGGGCGAAAAUGCGGGAAAAUUCCCAUGGGGUGCAUUCACACGAGGGGCGGAGGGAGCGUGUGGAAACACACGCACGCAUAUAAGAAUGAUAAAAGUUAAAGGGUGUCCAUUGGAGGAUGUUUACAUUUAAUAAGGAGAAGAGCGCGCGUUUGUCCAUGUAGAUGAGGGAUUCAUUUUCCCCUCAUGAUUAGUUUUACUAGCAAACCAGAGCUUAAAGUAACCCUUUUCCAGCCCUGGGAGGAGCACGGGGAGCUUUCGCAUGACAAAAUUACACGCUGCAAUCGACACACGUGUCGCAACACAGUUUGGAAAGCUCUGCUGUACUCCUUUGACUGCACAUUCAAAUGAAAAUAUGAAACAUACGGUGGUCAUCACAAUGAAAUAAACCGAUUAGAUCUGUUCAGCCUCUCAGUAUUGAUGGGCCAAUAUGUUUAAGUAGAGCUGCCCAACCUCAUUUCCAAAUAAAUACCAUUUCACUCUUUUCCUAAACAGCAGUUCUUGUUUUUCCUUGCUUUUGAUCUAUUCCAUGUUUCAAACUGUAAUGUUUCCAGUGAGUGAUGGGUGAUAGGUUCUAGGAAACAAUUGUACAACUGUUAACAGUGCCAUUCAUGUAAAAUAAAAAUUGUUGCCUGAAUACAGACCUUGGGACUGGCCACUAUGCAAGUUAUUUUGUCCCUGUUUUUUAAAGUGUCUAGUUUUCUUAGAGUAAGGACAGCACUGUGAUAUUAUUUUGCAGUUACAUCUUGCAAUACCUUCACAGGAAAAAAAUAAUUUUAAUCAAAUAUGAUAUUACAUUUUUUAUCAGGUAACAAUGACAAGUAACCCAGUAAAGUCUGAUGAAAAUAGAAAAAAACGUAAAAAGGAAGAAAAGGUGAGCAGUUUUAAAGAGCCAUUUUUAAUUUUUAAAUGUAAAAUGAUUGCAGUUUCUGUUUUGGUUCUUUUUCUUUUCCAAAAAUGCCUUUCUAUGACACAUACAGUCACAUAUUAUGUGAUAAGUGUGGUGUGAAAAAAAGUAUGUGCACAGUUCUGCAAGGCUGAAAGAUUAUUCCAGCUUUCCAUUGUUUGUUUUCUGUUGACAGAAUGAAUCUUCAGAAUAUCCACAAAUGUCUUCUUUUGAGAAAAUGGAUUUGUCUCUUUCUGAAAGCUCCCAGGCAGUUCUCAAAACUGAAGCCCUAGAAAAAGUUUUGAAUGGUGACGUAUAUAAAAUUAUAUCAACUCGUAAUAAAUAUCACUUAAUUAACCUUUACAUCUACUUUUUACUAAAACAAAUAUUUAUAUUAACAGAUACAAGCAAAGAAAUAAAUAUUCUAUUAUCAAAAUAUGUUCAUAUUUUAAGGCAAGUAUACUGUUUUAUUAAUUUCUUUUUUAUAGUAUUUAUCCAGCUACUGUAACAAAUAUUCAGCUAAAUUGUUGAUAAUUUCAAAGUAGUAUUUGUGAAUUUUUUAUUAAUUAAAACACUAAUCCAACAAACUAUUGUUCCUUAUCUGGAACAACUUCAGUGUUUGACAUUUGUUCUUCGCUUUAUGUGUAGACCUAUUCUCUUUAGUGACAUUUCAUAAUAUAAUUACUUUGAAAUUAAAAUAAUUAUUUUGUUCUGAUCUCCCUACAUAUUGACAUUACAAGUAACUGUCUUUUAUAUAGGGUCUACAAUUAUUUAUUCUGUGAGUUAGGAAUAUUUUAAAUACAAAAUUAUACCUAAAAAAUGAGACACAUUAUAUAUAGCUCCAGUUGCAUGUUUACAUUAUUAUUGCAAAAAUGUUUGCAGAAUGAGUAGGUACCAGCAGACAUCAGUAAAAAUUAAAGUUAAUUUGUAGCUUUAUAUUAACUACAGAUUUUUAUUUUUUGUAAAUAAAGUGAGAGAGCAGCAAUGGAUGCCUCAUAUGUAGAGGAGCUUGGAGGAAUUCUGAAAGAAGCUGGUUCCAUAGAAUAUCACUUGAGAUUGAAAUGGGAGAAUCUAAAACACAGGAUUGCCGCGAUGACAGGCCCUCUACAAAGUGAAAAUGGAUUAUCUAGCAAAUGAUCUUUAUUCAAAGGCACUGGCUGCAUGUUUAGAGUUCUAUAUCUGCUGAACACUAAUGUAUAAUUGAAAUACCCUUUUAUCUGGCUGGAUGCUUGAUGCACAUACUUGUAUUGUAUACUGUCUUCAUGCAAGUUAUGAUUACACUGCCUGUAAAAAAUAUCUCUGUCAUGAGGAUAGAAUCUCUGCCAUGCAUGUCUACCUGUCUGUUCUUUGUGACCUCCAUUCAUGACCUCCAGCCCUUACUACACAUCACUUACUCAUAUCUUUCUGCAACUGCAUUGCUCCUCACAAUGAAUUCUGUAAAUUCAAAUGUAUGUGGCAUUGGCACUGUGGAUAUUUUCCUCUGAGGACUUAAUAUGAGCAACCCUGUUUUUAAUGUUUAAAAUUUGUGAACUCACAUGCUUAUUAAAUAGAUAUUCACUGAACAACAAA